AUGUUUGCGUGGGGGCCCCUGCUGAAGUUACCUGCUAAAUGCGCUCAAGGCUGCGUCGCGUUUGUCCGUGAAGAUCCGUCGUCUUUCUUCGAUCGACGGAGUCAACGUUUCGAAAGAAUAAUUCUCUUCUUGUUGGAUCGUUUUAACGACUGGCGCCCUGCGAGGUGGAUUCGCCAGGGUUCACGAGAUGAAAGAUUUGACGACAAACACAGUAUUCGCCGGAAAAAUCAUCCCGAAAUCCCGCAUCACAAAGCCACACCACCAAGAAAAGUGUUUUGGCAUCAUCCCAGAGAAUGCCGCGUAUUUCCCCGCACCCUGCAACGAAAGUUCGUUACCGCGUACGACGACGACCUUAACUCGCGACGCCAAUGUCGAGAUCGUGGAGUACGCUACAGUACUGCCGUGUCGCACUCGUCGCUUACGCCCGUCCGCUUUUUGUUUGGUUUCGCGAACGACUGCUGCACGACAUCCGGGGAUUAA